GGCAAGGAGCUCAACAACUUAAACACGAAGCCCUAACUGCAUCGGAGGUCAAUAAAAGUCGGCGAAGAAAAAUCUUGACUUUACAACAACAACAGCAAGGCCGUGCGUGAAUGUCCAUGUUCAUCCUCUUCCAGAAAUGAGUACACCAUUGCUGGCAGGACUUGCUGUAGCAGCUGCUGCUUAUGCUGGCAGAUAUAGCAUACAGGCUUGGCAAGCAUUCAAAGCAAGACCGCCUAGAAUGCGCAAAUUUUAUGAAGGAGGAUUCCAGCCUACGAUGACAAAAAGAGAAGCAGCUCUUAUUCUCGGUGUCAGGGAAAGUACUCCAGCGGAUAAGAUUAGGGAAGCACAUAGAAGAGUGAUGGUGGCAAACCAUCCCGACGCUGGUGGUAGCCACUACCUUGCUUCUAAAAUCAACGAAGCAAAAGAUAUGAUGCUUGGAAAGACCAAGGGGAGUGGCUCUGCAUUCUGACAUGUUAAAACCUGCGUCAGUUAAAGUUUGGGAAGAUGAUUUUCAAGCGGGCAAUUAAACAGAUAUCAUUUCCUCAUUGUCCUGAAAUAUUUUUGUCAUAUCAUGUUGAAAAUUUUAGGGUCUAUUUUGUUUCAUCAAUUGUUUUAGACCCAACAGAGUUGUACACUACUCGGAAAUCACAAUAUUUCUAUCCAUUUGAGUUCAUUGAACGUGAGAGGCACUUUUGCUAUUUGACUUGUAUGUGUUAACAGGCUUAUCUAAAUCAUAUGAAUAAUGAAAUAUUUUAUUUUGCACUA